AGGUGUGGCCUAACCUCAGCAACUGUUGUCAGAGCUAUAGCCUAGAGUGCAUGUGCAUAUGUGUGUGUGUGUAGGUGCAUGCUUGCGCAUGCUGUUCCAACGAGUAAGACUGUGUGACGGUGCGCGUGUUUGAGUGUCCGAGAGUGUAAAGGAUUUAGCUCAUCUAGCCUGUGAGGAGCGCUCUCUCACUCUCUCUCACUCACUCUCUCUCUCUAUCUAUCUACCGUGUGGAUUUUUGCUUCCCACUGGGAUACGGAGAGCAGUGCGGAAUACUGACACGGCUGCUGCUGCUGACAUCUUCCUCUCUGACCUCACCUGUUGGACUGGACACGGGUCUCUGGCAGUACCGGUGCGCAGAAGACUGGACCGUGGAUGUCUGCGGCCAACGGAGGACUGGCCGUUCUAGCCCCCUGUGGCAGAGGCGAUGGCUCGACGCUAACCGCGAUCGCCAGGCAUGGUGAGCAGGGUCUGGGAGCGCCCAUCAUCAUGUGCACGCGUCCCUACCCCGAGUGCCAGCUCUACCCGCAGGAGGACGGCCUGGGAGGGCGCGAUUCCCACGAGUCGGACAUGGACAGCGCCGCCGACAGCGGAGCCGGAUCGGAAUCCUCCGAUGGCGGUCGCCACGAUGACAAGGAUGAAGGGCUAGGGGGUCUCUUCCUGCCGGGAAACAACUCUGGUCAGCUGAUCCCGUCGGCGUCUGCAUCCGUCAUCUCCACCGAGGAGCAGUUUGAGGACUAUGGCGAGGGUGAGGACGUGGACUUCACUCCCAGCAGCCCCUGCCUUGACGACGAAACACGCACCAAUGGCUUCUCGGACCUCGGCUCCUCGCUACCCUCCAGUGCGGGUCAGACCCCUCAGAAGAUCCGGCACUUGUACAACAGCGAGCUGCUGGAUGUUUACUGCUCCCAGUGCUGCAAGAAGGUCAACCUGCUCAACGACCUGGAGGCCAGACUGAAGAACCUCAAGGCCAACAGCCCCAACAGAAAGAUAUCCAGCACGGCGUUUGGACGGCAACUCUUCCACCACAGUAACUUCAGCAGCAGCCACGGCAGCACAGAGGACCUGUUCAGAGACAGCAUCGACUCCUGUGACGUGGACAUCACAGAGAAGGUGAGCUACCUGGAGAAGAAGGUAACGGAGCUGGAGAACGACACGCUGGCCAACGGGGACCUCAAGUCCAAACUCAAGCACGAGAAUACACAGCUGGUGCACAGGGUCCAUGAGCUGGAGGAGCAGAUUAAAGACCAGGAGACUCGGUCAGAUCAGAUCCUGGAGGAGGAGCUGAAGAGACACAGGGAGGCCUACAGCAAGAUGGACAGAGACAAGAGCCAUGAGAUAGAACUGCUCAGCAACAGAGUGCUACAAUUAGAAGACGAGAAUGGAGAAAUGAAACUGAAUGUCUGCAGACUGAAAUCCCAAUCAGAGAAACUGGAUCAGGAGAAGCAGCGUAUGACAGACAAACUGGAAGACACCAGCUUGCGCCUGAAAGAUGAGAUGGACCUGUAUCGCAAAAUGAUGGACAAGCUGUGGCAGAACAGACAUGAGUUUCAGAAGGAGAGGGAAUCCAUGCAGGAGUUGAUAGAGGACUUGCGUCGGGAGCUGGAGCACCUGCAGCUGUUUAAGCUGGAGUCGGAGCGUGGACGUGGGCGGGGCUCAGCAGCCGGCCUAUCAGAGUACAACGCCAAGACCCGGGAGAUUGAAAUGGAGCAUGAGGUCAAGCGCCUCAAACAGGAGAACCAUAAGCUCCGGGACCAGAAUGAUGACCUGAACGCCCAGAUCCUUAGCCUGAGUCUGUACGAGGCCAAGAACCUGUUCAGCUGCACCACCAAGGCCCAGUCUCUGGCCGCCGAAAUAGACAAUGCAUCCCGGGAUGAGCUUGUGGACGCCCUGAAAGAACAAGAGGAGAUUAACUAUCGCCUCAGACAAUACAUGGACAAGAUCAUUCUGGCCAUCCUGGACCACAACCCCUCCAUCUUAGAGAUCAAACACUAAAGCCCUCAAUUCUGUGCCACUGUCCAGUCUCUCUCUCACUGGUGGACAUACAGCGCCCUCUGUAGGCUGGACACAUGAACUGUAUCACAUACUGGACUUAGAGAAUCUGCUGUUGUCAGUGACCACAUGGUACCUCUCAUGCCCACUUUUGAGUUCUGGCAUUUUUUGUCUCAUCGCCAUGCAAAUCACCCAUUGGUUGAGAUGACCAUUGAGAUGGAGUUAAAGGGACUACAACUGGAAGCAUUCAUACACACAUGACCCGAAUGUUCACUUUCCAUUUCUUUUUAACUUAUGUUUGCAUACACACUACCUCUAGGUACAUAGGUCCAGUGCUUUCACGAGUCUAUCGUGUAAUGUGUAAUGUGACCAUUAAAGAGCGUGUGAUGUGCUAGUUUUCUCUCUCUCCGUCAUGGGCGUGGCACCUUAACAAAAGGCACACAUGUUUAUGUGACGUGGAAGCUCCCAGGCAGUUCGUAGGAGAGUUAUGUAGCAUUUUAACAAGCGAGCACUGUUAGCCAUUAGCAUGUGUGUUGUGAUUGUGUAGUCCAAAACCACAGCUUGUGUGCAUGCGUGAGAGAGGGCAGAGCUGUAGUCGUAUAAAAGGCAGGGGACAAUUUUACAAAGUGUGCUCUGUGGUCAGAUGAAGACCAUGAUGGGUACAUAGAUUUUUGACAUGAAUAUUCAUAUCUGUGUCUUAGGCUCACAUAAUGUUGCAUUAUCAAUGUGAGUAAGAAGUGCAGGAAUUGGAAAUGAAUAGAUAUGUGAAAUAACACAUAUUAACCAGAAAAAUAAGAUUAAUCAGAUGGAGGUGCACGGACUUAUGUCAUGUUCUUCCCCAAUAGGCUGUAUUUCUGCUUAAUCUUGAGGUGUCAAAUUAAGUCAGUUUAAAAAUAGUCAAGUGAAACAUUAAUUUUGCAAAAAUAAUUGUUUGGAAAUGGCAAUUGGGUUGCAAUUCAUAGAAGUGGCUAAAUGGACUGACUUGUCACAAACUAUCACAGUAACUUAAAAGAAUUAGUGUAGAAAAUCUGAGAAUGCACAGGAAUCACUUGUAGUCACACCUGCUGAAGCACAAGUGCAUUAAGUGGCCGUACAAGAACAUAGUUUUUGUACAAUAGUACAAAAUUGGAAUGGUUGAGUCAUAUACAUACAAACUAAGGAAAAUGGCAGAAUUGACUGAUGAAGAUGUACUUUAUUUUGUGGAAUAUAAUGGUUGUAAGUGUAUAGAAUGGAAAAAAGGUUUAUUUUUUCAUACAGAUCUAUAAAUAAUGUUUUGAGGGUUAAGUCCAGUGUAGUGUGAUGAGCAUGGGGAUAGGAGAUUCAGGCGUUUAUGUGAGUCAGGGAUGUGGAGAUGUGAAAGAACAGCAUGCUGGGUCUAAGUGGCCAAUCUCAUUUAGAGAGCAGGAAUGGAGCUCUGUUGCGGAGGUGCCAGGAGCUAUGCCCAUCUGUAGGCUAAGUUUAAGGUAAAAAGACCCCUACCCCCACCUCCAUGCAUUAUUUUAUAUCACACAUUUGAGUACCCCAGACUGAAUUCUCUCAGCUACACUUGAAGCUAUGACUAAUGUGUGAGAUCAGCAAACUCAACGUAGGUGUAUGCAGGAGGUUAAAAAUAUGGCGGGAUGGUUUAACUUUGUAGGCCUGGCCCUGCAGCACUCUCUCACAGUCUCUGUGGCUGUGAAAUAUACCGUUUGACAGCCAUGGGGAAGGGUGCUUAUGAGUGACAAAGCCUACUGACUGUUUGGUAAACAUAUGAGCUGUACAUGAAUUGGGAAUAGGGAAGAGAGCAAUUGUUCUAACACUAAAGAAAAAAAAAGCAGAAAAACAAAUGUCAUUAAUUAUUCAUUAAUAGGGUUCAUAAAUUAUGCUACAUAAUCACUAUUAAGAUAAUCACUCUGUAGAAUAGAUUCUGUAGUUGUUGAGGGUAACAGCCACCCUUGGCCGUACUAAAUGAAAAUGCAUAACCUGUACAUGUCAUGAAUGUAUCACGGUUUCAGAGUUACUGUCUCUCACCUUUUUGCCCUUGAUCGUAUUGAAUUUACUUAGAUUGCCUUUGAGGCUCCGUACACCACAGUAUUUUAAGCAACUGUGUAGCUAGGGAAAUAUGACUAAUACUGGUGUAUUCUAUAUUGUCACAAAGCUAGUUUUGCCUUGUUGCACAAAUUGUACUGAUUUGGAUGUUGUGCAUUUUCUUUGCUUGAUCCCUUUCAAAAUGGUUUGUGUGCCUUUUUAAAUUUUAAUUGGCACGAGUCUGUGUUUGUUUUCAUUUACUUUAUGUUUACUUUUGAUCUAACUCAUCUGAUCAAUCAUAGGAGCUUUUUUAUAUACAGUAUUCCUGUCUUGUCUGAGCAUUUUUCAUAAAUUGUAAAUGUUGUACAGAAACUAGUUAAUAUUUGUAUUUAUGUGUCCAUCAGACCUACUAAAUGAAAAGGCUGUCUUUUAUACAGUUUUAUGAUACAAUACAGCAGCAAGAUAUCAGUAGAAGUGUUAUGUGCAAACAAGCGUCGUGUAAGAUGUUCAUUAGACAACAUUUUAUUUGGCAAUACUUUCAGGCACCUUAGGGCUAUCGGUCAUAACAAUGUAAUAGCAGGCGUCAAAAAGAGCAUGUCAAUUCAUGGCCUUCAAGGCCUAUCAGACGGUUCCUGUGUGUGUGUGUGUGUGUGUGUGUAUGUGUGUGUUUUAAGUUUAUUUAAUUAUGCUAAUGGUCCUCCAACUACCAUGCAGACAUAUUGCUGCAGCGUCAAUGUGUGGAUGCCCUAUCACAAACAGCCUGAUAAGACAGCAUACAGCAAGGUAUAUUAUGUCCUGCUAAUUGCAUUUUGUCUGAGGCAUUGUCAAAUAAGAUGUCCCCCCCCCCUCCUCUUUAUUGUUUUGUUUCACAGGAGAAUGCUAGCUCACUCGUUGCUUUGUUUGGUUGACAUAAUGGCAAUGCUCGAAACUACGUCAUAUGUGACCCUGUGGUAGGCCUAUCUGGAUUUUAGAGUUCUGCAUCUGCUGUCACCGCUUCUAAAAGAAUAAAGGAGAUUUGUGCCCCAUAA